AAAUCGAGUCGAGCAAGUUAUCGAGGAACCAGUAUUUCGUCCGGUCGUCCAGCCCUAUCUGCAGUCCACCGUCGGGCGAGCCCGAGAAUCCCGUCUCCUCGGCGCCGCGGCCCCCGGUUUUUUUAUGCUUUCCUUUCGGUCGGCGACGCAUACAUUCGGCGAGGGAGAGGAAGAAGUCAGUAAAGUAAAUUCUGUUGCUCCAAUUCGGACGAGGAGAUGCCGCGGAUCCCUCUGAUCAGGUUCCCCAAGCGGAAUCUCAAAGCCCCAUCUCCAUCCGCGCCAGCGGCGUCGCAACCCGCAGACCAGCACGCGACCCUCAUGUUCCGGUUAGGGGCUAAAGCAGAGGCACCAUCUUCUGGAGAGAUUAAAAAUUACCGCUUUAGAUCUGAUGUGCCUUGCCCACCUUCUCAUACUGCCGUAGGAGGUCCAGCUUCACUCCUUCCUAAGCGCAAACCCCUGACUGAAGAAGAGAUUGAGGCUAUUAUGCUGGGGGGCUCCAUCUGAUAUCACCUCAUAUGAAUUGGAAAUUCUAGGAACAUCAAUAAGAUUGUAUGCCUGAGCUUAUUGCCUUUGACCUCUGAAAGAGUGUUAUUGAAGCCAUGUCGAUAUGGAAGUGUUUUUUUUAAUUCAGUCUGGAAGUUGGCUGUUGAGACAUCCAUUUCCAGUACUCCGCACAUGUAACUGAGCAAACCGUGAACACAUUUAGUUCCUUGCAGAAGUGUUGAGCAUGGAAUGGUUUUGCUUUUGCAUACCA